UCCCUCGUCAUUUUAAAUUUCGCUCUCGUUCACAACAAUGAGAGACAGGAAAAUUGAAAAACACCAAAACGACAGCAACGAAACGCAAAAAAGGAGUCCCAGACCCACAGCGACCGAGCGAUGGUCACAAACCCAAACAACUCUUUCGCGAAGACAAUCUGCUCCAUCUGCUAUGAAGAUCUCAAGCCCAUUAUCGAAGAUCUCCAAUCAAUCACCAUUUGUGGCCACGUCUUUCACGAACUCUGCCUGCAGCAGUGGUUUGAAUAUUGUUCGAAUGAAAAGAAGCGUAGCUGUCCAGUUUGCAAGCAGAAUUGCUCGGCGCAAAAUGCCGGUCGCCUUUAUUUUCAGUCGGUCGGGGACCAAACCGAACCGUUCGGGGAUCGCAAGGCGGGGGAGUGCGAGGAGGAUCCUAAGUUGUUGCGGGGAGAAGUGAAGAGAUUGGAAGGAAAAUUGUCGGGUCUCAAUACGAUUUUGGAGAGUCAAAUGAAGGAAAUGAAGCAUCUCAAUGAGGAAUUUUAUCUUUGUAAAGAUGAGUUGAAGAAAGAAGUUAAAUUGAGGACUCAUGCAAUGGAACAAAAAGCAUCGAUUCAGCACCUGCUUCGAUCGAAAUCUGAGGAGCUUGAUGCACUGAAGUUGGAGCGCAUCAGGCUGCAAGAUAGGAAUAUGGCACUUGCCAAAGAGCUUGUAGCACUCAAGCUGGUAUCGGAUGUGAAUCUGGAGGAAGAUGAGAUUUUAAAGCUUGCCUCUUUUGGUAAUGAAGCCAAAGAUACCCUAGACAUCCUGAGAAAGUCUUUGGUCAUUCGCAAUAAGACUUACAAAGAGUUGAUGGCUAAGUGUAACCAACUUGGACAGGGUGAGGCUCGUUCUUGUAAAAGACUCGAGAAGGCAAAAGAAAAGAUCAAUAAAUUAAAGACAAGGGUCAAAGAACUAGAGAUGGUUGUUGAAGUAAAGGAUAACGAAAGUUUGAGGGCUUUAAAAGCUUCAAAGAAGGCAAAUUGCAUAGGGCUUGUUGCAGAAGAUAUUAAGGACAAUUCUAAUGCUUUGUCCACAAAUACUUCAUGUGCUGGUCCAAAGGAACAGCAUCGUGUAUCUGUGGAUCUAACAGGAAGCUCGACCAGUGAUCGAGAAAAUUUUAGUUUCAUGGGUGAUAAGGUUGCCAAUUCAUCCAAAGAAUGUAUUAGAAUCACUGCCCUUAACAAACAGGGAAAUGCUUAUUAUGCAAGAGAUGAAGCAGCUUUGAAUCUUCCUACAGCUGUGCAUGUAAUUCCAGACCCUGAUUCAAAACAUCAGACCAGAGAGGGUGAAUCUGCUCUUGCAAAGUCAGAAGCAGUUUCUGAUAUUCACAGUGAAGCCAAAGUGCACAAAACAGUGAACCCCUCUGGACCUUUUGGCAUAAGAAUCAACAACGGGGAUAUAUGUUUCUCUAGUGGAUUGAUGGGUCCUGAUGGAACAAACCGGUACUUGGGGAGAUGGUGUAAGCGUGGUCAAAGCAACGGAUCAGUGGCCAUGCAAGGUACAAGUGCAAGUAACAGGGAUUUAAUUGCUGUUGGAUCUGAUGGGCGAGGUGGUAGAGUUAAAGUGCUGAGAUCUAUGAAUCAAUCCUUGUUGGUAGGAUGGCAAGGAAAAUUCUGUAUCUGCCAAGAAGUGCAAGUAUGGAGCUAAAACAAGCAGUUUGCAAUCUCAAGGCUGUUUACAGAUAGAACACUUCUUUGGGAGGGCCAGUCAGUAAUCAAAGGUGUGCCCUUUAGUAUGUGUAAUGUCUCAGCUAUUAUAUCGUGUCUAAGAAAUGCUAAAAUGCUUUUGGGAUGUUUAGAAGGAAAUGAAAUAGUAAUACCUUCUUUCCACUCAAUUAUACUUGUAUGAUUUUCUUCCUCUUGCCCCAAGCAUUAUUCAUAAUUUAACCAAGGGGCAAAGUGGUUGCUGUGCUUUUCAGUCUCGCGCAAUCAGUAACUUUUUGGUUAGAUUACUACUGAUGAGAUGGUUUCCAUUUGGAAAUUUGUUGGUAAAAAGCAUAAACAUUACGAGGCCAGUAUUUUUGAGUUUUGAUAUGAAAGAGGAUAACAUAUUUUUUUUUUU